AUGACCGCCAAGGUUCCGCGAAACUUCCGCUUGCUAGAGGAGCUCGAAAAGGGCGAGAAAGGCCUUGGUGCUGAAGCCUGUAGUUAUGGCCUCGAGGACAGCGAGGAUUUGCUCAUGAGCAACUGGAAUGGGACCAUUUUGGGGCCUCCUCAUUCUGUUCACGAGAAUCGCAUCUACAGCGUCAAAAUGCACUGUGGCGACAAGUACCCUGAUGUACCUCCUACUAUCCAGUUUGUUAGCCAGAUUAAUUUGCCUUGUGUUAAUCCACGCAACGGCAUGGUCGAUCCCAACCAGCUCCCUUGCCUCGCCCAGUGGAAACGAGAAAACACCAUGGAGACAGUCCUUAUCGAGUUGAGAAGGUAA